AUGGAACAAACCUAUUCUAACACUAGUGCUGGUGAUAAGAUUGAGGUAUACGAAUUCUUAGAGGCUUUGGGAUUAUUAGAUAAUGAAGUCUCGCCCGAAAAUUAUUGGAACCCUAGGAAAACAUAUACCGGAUGGGAUUAUAAAAGACGUUUUGGUGAAGAUGCUUUGAAAAAACUUUAUCAAACCCGGGAAGCUCGUCAUCGGAACAUUGUACUCAUGGAAUUUACCAGACGUCUUCCAGACAUAUCUGAUCGAGAAAAAAAUAGAUUAUUCGACGCAUUCUCUAGGUCUAAUGCAUUUGGGGUGAAAGAACAUAAUGCACUCUUGGAUGCGUUAGCCGAUCCCGUGAAAGGUUGGGAUCUUAAUAAUUAUUGA